AUGCUCCUUAGCCAGAUCCUCCUCUCUGCCCUUCUCAUAGCCGCGCCCUCUGCCCUCGGCCUCCCGCUGUGGCCCACCGUCUUCCCCACCGGCCUGAACAUCACCGACACCAACCCUACCACCUCCAAUUUGACCUACAAAUUGCCGUGGCAGUGCUUCACCCACUCCGGAUCGACAGCGAUCUGCCCCGGAGUAGCGGCGCCCGCUCCGUACCCCCGACUGGGCUUAGCCGGCCGCACCGCCUCCGGGUCGCCGCAGCCCCCGAUCACGUCGGCCGGCGCACUCCGCUUAAGGGAUGACGGUCCGACGCGCAGCACCCUAAGCUCCGGGCUCACAGACACCCUGAGCCCCGGACUCACAGACACCUUCUCGAUUCUUUGGGUCACCAUAGAGCAGCUGCCCACCUUAGAUAGCCAUACCCUGCCACCCAGAGCACCCCCCCUGACCACCGAGGCCGCGACACCCUCCCUGAUCGUCACCACCUCGGCGCCCGCCAGCCCCCUCGGCUGCCGCUAG